AUGUCGCUGCUGCCGGCGCGGCUGCUGCUCGCGCGGGGAAAGACGACGGCGGCGCAGCACGUGGCGGCGCGGCACCUCGACCACACCUUCGAGAAGCUCACGGCGGCGCACCUCCCGCUCGUCGCGGCGGCGCCGCUGGUGGACGCGCUGCGGGCGUCGCCCGAGCCGCUCGCGCUCCCGGGCCUCGCCCGGCGCCUCCCGCUCCGCCUCCACCGCCGCGGGGCGCUGCACUUCCUCCGCCUCUUCCCGCGCGUGUUCGACCUCCGCGCCCCGCUCCCGCUCUCCCUCUCGCUCACCGCGCCCGCCGCCGAGCUCCUCGCCGUCGCGUCCUCCCCCGCGGCGGCAGCCCGCACCCUCCACCGCCUCCUCGCGAUGUCCGCCUCCCGAUCCCUCCCACUCCGCGCCGUCUUCCGGGUCUGGCGGGAGCUCGCUCUCCCCGACGAUUUCGAGGACUCCGUCGUCGCCGGCCACCCCCACCUGUUCCACCUCGCCCCCAACCCCGCCGAGCCCAACACCCACAUCCUGCACCUCGUCGCCGAUCCGGAGACCGAGGAGUUCACUCCGGCGGUCGAGAAAGCCCGGCCGGAGAAACACGCCUUCAAGCUGCAGUUCCCGCCGGGAUUCAGGCUGACCAAGGAGUACCGGAAGAAAGUGAAGGAGUGGCAGCAGCUACCAUACAUUGGGCCAUACGAGGUAUCAGUCCGGAAGACUGUGGGAAGCAAGAAGGUGUCGAAGAUGGCGAGGAAGAAGAUGGAGAAGAGGGCAGUGGGGAUCGCGCACGAGUUCCUCAGCCUGACCGUGGAGAAAAUGGUGGAGGUGGAGAAAUUCAGCCAGUUCAGGAAAUGGUUUGGGAUCGAGGUCAAUGUCCGUGAUGUGUUCUUGGAUCACCCUGGGAUAUUCUACCUCUCGGCGAAGGGAAAGCGCCACACGGUGUUCUUGCGCGAGGCGUAUGAUCGUGGCAAGCUCAUCGAGCCGAACGAUGUGUCGGAGGCAAGGAGGAAGCUUGUUGAGCUCAUGCUCCUCCGGCGUCGCGGGCUUGGGAAUGCCAAUUCAAAUGCUAACAUGGCUUCAUGUGCCAGUGCUUCUGAUGCCAGUGGGGAGGAAACAAGUGAUCUACAGGAGCAAGAGAUUUGAUAGUUUGAAGCUGGAGGAGAAAGCAGUUGUGGAUUUCAUGGACAAUCUUGUCUACCAUAACCUGUUCAAGAGGUGCUUGGACUACCUUGAAUGGUGUUUCAUAUUCAUGUGCAGGGAAUUUUGCAUGCCAUCCAUUAACCAGAUGAAGGAUAUUGGUUUUUAUUUGAGGGGUUUAUGCUCACUGUUUGGCAUGAUCUGUCAAUGCAAUGCUCUGGAUUGAGUAUAGUUCUGAGCCUUCUGGACUUCCAGUUGAUGCUCACAACUGGAAAGGUCUACAUUUACACCGGAGCGAAAGCAAAGAAUCAAAGAAGCAAACAGGGAGAAACCUGCCUAUGUCAAACUACGUUAAAUAUAUCA